AUGGAGCUAAGUAGCAUCAAAGAUGCAUUUGAUCGUGUAGCCAAGAAGCAAAAAUUAUCAUCUUCCAAGUCUCAGGAAGUUGUUGACCAUGUUGGGCGUGAAAUUGAGCAGGCACUGGCAACAAUUCAGUCACCCCAUGACCUCUCUUCUCCUGUUGACCAGAAAUCCCUUCUCACAGAACUUAAGCUUAAGAUUAAUGCUAUUGGACCACUUCAACAGUUGGAAGGAUCAAAUAAGGAAUUGAACGCAAGUCUUACCAAGUAUCAAAAACUCCUUGAAAAAUUAUUAAAUCCUGAUAUAUCAAAGGCAUACAGAAAUGUGGAAUUUGAUACUCAUAUUAUCAAUCAGAUCAUUGCAAACCACUUUUACCGUCAAGGUUUAUUUGAUCUUGGAGAUAGCAUCGCAAAUGAGUCUGGAGAGCCUGAUGCAACUGCACUUAGAUCUCAAUUCUUGGAAAUGCAUCAGAUUAUUGGUGCUAUGAGGGAAAAAAACCUUCAGCCUGCACUGACAUGGGUCUCUGCUAAUCGAGAGAAACUUGGCCUGAUUGAUUCCAAUCUUGAGCUUAAGAUUCACAGACUGCAGUUUGUAGAGGUCCUGCAACAUGGAACCCGAGCUGAUGCCUUAAAAUAUGCCCGAACUUAUCUUGCUCCUUUUGCUUCCAUCAACAAGGACGAGUUCCCAAAGCUCAUGGGUUGCCUCUUGUAUGCAGGAAGGCUAGAGAGCUCCCCUUAUUCUGAGCUGAUGUCCCCAAUUCAUUGGGAGAUGACAACUGAAGAGCUCACACGACAGUUCUGCACUCUCAUGGGGCAGUCCUAUGAGAACCCACUUAGUGUAGCAGUUGCUGCAGGAGUUGAGGGGUUGCCUACGCUGUUAAAGCUGGCAAAUGUAAUGGCAGCAAAGAAGCAGGAGUGGCAGGAAAUGAAACAGUUGCCAGUGCCUGUAGAAUUGGGUAAGGAAUUCCAGUUUCAUUCGAUUUUUGUUUGCCCUGUGAGUAGGGAUCAAGGAAGUGAAGAGAACCCUCCAAUGCUGUUGCCGUGCUUACAUGUCCUUUGCAAGCAAUCAAUCAUGAAGUUAUCAAAAAACAGCACCCGAACAUUCAAGUGUCCAUAUUGUCCAGCCGAAGCGACAGUUACACACUGCAGACAACUGUAUUUCUGA